CGAAGAACCAACUGUUGGCGACCAAGUAGUAGCCUGCGAAUUGUGUGGGAGCGUCGGGAUCGCGAAAGAAACGGAAGAGAAGAGCGAACGCAGGACUCCGCUGGAGAUAAUUCGAAAUAUAAAUUCAGUGACUCUCGAGUGUUUCGAAUUUUCGAAAAACCCCUGUGUUCGAGUCACUCUCGCGCGGCUGAAACGCGCGCGUCUAAGUGAAUCGAAUUUGAACGUAACAGGUGAAACGCGCAAGAAUGGUAGCCAAAGACCCGAAGAUGGUUGUUACCGCGGAGUUGAUGAACCCGUACGAGAAACCGCCUAGCAUGUCGGUCGGUCAGACUAUGAGGACCUUUUUGUACAAUCGGGAGACCGGCGCGUUUAUGGGCAGGACCGCCAGUAGUUGGGGUAAAAUUGGACUUUUUUACUUGGUUUUUUACGGCGUCCUGGCAGCACUCGUCGCCAUUUGUUUCUGGGGAUUCUUUCAAACGCUGGAUCCAAGGAUACCAAGGUGGCAACUUGAGAGGUCCAUUAUUGGAACAAAUCCAGGAUUAGGAUUCAGGCCAAUGCCACCGACAGAAAAUGUGGAGAGCACCUUGAUCUGGUACAAAGGCACUGACAGCGGAAACUACAAACACUGGGUUGAUUCAUUACAAGAGUUUCUCAAAGAUUAUAUAACGCCCGGGUCUGUUCUUGGUCUCGGUGCUAACAUUAAUAAGUGCGAUUACAAUCAGCCACCGCCACCCGGAAAAGUUUGCGAUGUCGAUGUGAAAAACUGGCAUCCUUGCACCAAAGAGAACAAAUAUAAUUAUCACAAGUCCGCUCCCUGUAUUUUCCUUAAAUUAAACAAGAUUUAUGCCUGGAGACCAGAUUUUUACAAUGAUACUGAAAACUUGCCGGAAAAAAUGCCGCUCGAUCUCAAGGAACACAUCGCGAGUGUAAACGAUUCCCUCCAUCUGAACACCAUUUGGGUGUCCUGCGAGGGUGAGAAUCCUGCCGAUCAAGAAAACAUCGGUCCGAUUAACUAUUUGCCACGACGCGGUUUCCCCGGUUACUUUUAUCCUUAUGAAAAUUCCGAGGGUUACCUGAGUCCAUUGGUCGCAGUGCACUUUGUCAGACCGCAAACCGGAAUACUGAUAAAUGUAGAGUGCAAAGCUUGGGCGAAGAAUAUCAAGCACAGUCGAAACGACAAAAUCGGCGCAGUUCAUUUCGAGCUGAUGAUAGAUUAACGAAAUCUGCAAAUCUGUCUUCGGCUGCUCGCGCGGUCUCCUAAACCAAAAUCUUCGAGGCUCUCGAGAUGGCUGUUAGGCAAAUUUUUAUCUUCCAAAAUUACAAAAUUGCGAGACGAGCGAACAUUUUUUCGAGGUCGACCUCUCUAGCCGAGACGUUAAUCAUCUCUGUGUAAUUGGCGCGAAAAACUUUGGGACUGAAUGAAAAAAAGAAUGGAGCGCAAAUGAAAUCUCAAAGAAAUAACACCGUUUAUCUCGUGCCUUUUUUUGCUCGUAGGCGCAAUUUGUAUGUAAAAACUGAUCAAUUUAUAAUAGAAUGUAAAAGAAUCUCAUAUA